AUGAGGUGGGAACACGAGGCACACCUCCUGGAUGAAAAGGUCACGGUACUUGAAUUGAAAGAUAAGGAGUGGCAACAAUCAGUCCACCAGAAGACGCAGGAGAUUAUCAAGCUCAACACGGAGCUGAUUGAUAUGACCCAAACGGUGAUGACAAGAGAAGAUGAGGUCACCCAGACGAAAAACCAACUGAAAGCAGCAGUCGAGGAAUACACGAAGCUGGAAAGGGAUGUGACCCAGUUGGCGGAACACAUUAAAAAGGUGGAGAAUGACACUGAAAAGGUCAUUCAGGAGAAGACUUUCCAACUCCACCAACAUAUGUUAAAGGUCAAGGAGGAGAAUCAGAACUUGAAAACGGAGAAAGAGGAAGUCCAGUUGAAAGUCCGUCGCCUUGAGGAUGAGAAUAAGGCGCUUGUUAUGUCCAAUAAGCACAAAGAUGAACAGCUUCUGCAAUAUGGAAAUGGAUGGCCAAGUUUAAAGAUGAAUAUGGAGACCGUGACGAGGAAGUUCUUGGCUUACGAGAAGCCAUGGCAAGGAAAUUUGACCUCGGAAAGGAAUCGCUUGAUCAGUUUUAUCAAGCGAUUAUGA